CUCUUUCUCUUUCUCUUCCAUUUUAUCUCUCUCUCUCUCUCUCUUUUUUUUCCACAUAACAAUAGUAGCAUGGCCGCUGACAAAAUUGACUGGAACAAUAUAAGCUUCCAAUACCGCGACACGAACGGUUACAUGAAAUACACUUGGACUCUCGAAAACGGUUGGGAUCAAGGCUCGUUUGAAACUGAUCCCUACCUCAAGGUCCACAUGUGCGCAACCGGUUUGAACUACGGUCAACAGUGCUUUGAAGGUUUGAAGGCUUUCAAGGACAAGCAAGGACGUGUCCGUAUUUUCAGACCCCAAGAAAACGCAGCACGCAUGCGUCGCAGUGCACCUAUUGCACAUAUGCCCGAGGUGCCGGAAGAGAUCUUUUUGGACGGCUGCAAACGUACGUGCGAAAAGAACAUUGACUUUGUGCCCCCGGUGGAAAGUGACGGUGCGUUUUAUCUUCGUCCCCUGUUGUUUGGCAGUGGCCCUAUGAUUGGCAUGAAUGCUGCGCCAGAAUUCACGUUUGUCGUCUUUGGUAUGCCGGUGGGAAGCUACUACAAGGGUGGCAUCACCCCUGCCAAGGCUGUCAUCAUGGAAGCUAUUGAUCGUGCUGCUCCCAAGGGCACCGGUUCCGCCAAGUUGGGUGGUAAUUAUGCACCCACCUUUGGCCCUAUGGGCAAGAAGAUGGCCGAAGGCUAUACACUGACGCUGCAUCUGGAUGCCAAAACUCGCAGCUAUGUGGAUGAAUUCUCGACCUCCAACUUUGUUGCAUUGACCCCUCCUGAUGCCAAUGGAGUCCGUACCUUUGUGACGCCCAACUCCGAGUCGAUUCUGCGCUCCGUUACGCGUCUGACCUUGGAAGACAUUUGCACCAAGUUUGGCUGGAAGGUUGAGGAGCGACCCGUUGCAUGGAGUGAGAUUGUUGAAGGCAAAUUCAACGAGGUGGCUGCUUGUGGCACUGCCGUUGUGCUUACACCGGUGAAAUCAAUCACCCGUGGAGACCAAGUGAUAGCCAUUGGAGACCAAGAAAAGAUCGGCGAGGGCUUCCAGAAGCUGUACGAUUACUACCGCGGUGUUCAAAAGAGCGACAUUGAGGAUUCGUUUGGCUGGAUGUGGCCCGCAGAAGGCUUGGCCUAAACAACUUGGAAGGAGAAGAAGAAGAACAAGAAGAAGAAAAGGAUGAAACGGGUUCCUUGCUUUUUAGAAUUAGAUGGUUAUUUGCAGUGCAACCGAAACAAAAAAACAAAAAUGCAGCGCAAUGCAUUGCAUACCCACAACAGCACUAAAGGGCAACGCAAACACUCGCUGCUGUGCCUGCCUAUAUUACAACGAACAUGACACACAGUGCCUUUUUAUAUAUGCUACUGGCAAACCAAGCAGCAGCCCGCGCGCUCGUUAAAGAGAAAAAAAGGGAAAGCAAGGGAAUGGGGAGAGAGGAAGGAUGGAAAGGAGCAAGCAUAAGAGAGAGAGAGAGAGUAAGGAGGGGAGGGGCUGACUCAGUCAUAAGGGAAAGAGGAGGGGGGGGAGAUGGUUCGAAAACUGUCUACUGAGCUUGCCACUAAUACACACACACACACAGGGCAGAGCAGAGCAGAGCAGAGCAGAGCAGAGC